AUGAGGCACGGCCCGCGUGCUGCUCUGGCCCUGGGGCUACUGCACUUCUGCCUGGCCAACUUUGCUCCCAGCUUCUUCGACAACGGGGUCGGCAGCACCCAUGGAAACAUGGCAUUGUUCAGUCUUCCGGAGGACACCCCUGUAGGCUCUCACGUGUACACAUUGAAUGGGACAGACCCCGAGGGAGACCCCAUCUCCUACCACAUCAGCUUUGACUCCAGCACUAGAAGCAUUUUCUCUGUUGACCCCAGUUGUGGAAACGUCACCCUGGUUGAAGAGCUGGAUCGGGAGAGGGAGGAUGAGAUUGAAGCCAUUAUCAGCAUCUCUGAUGGCCUGAAUCAGGUAGCAGAAAAAGUCCUCAUCUUGGUGACUGACGUCAAUGAUGAGGUGCCCAGGUUCAUCCACGAGCCAUAUGUUGUCCUGGUUCCUGAGGACACACCUCCUGGGAACAGCAUCUUUAAGGUCCGUGCGUUGGACAGGGACACCGGCUCUGGAGGGAGUGUCACCUACUUCUUGCAGAACUCACGUGCCACCAAAUUUUCCAUGGACCGCCACAGUGGUGUGCUUCGCCUGAGGGCAGGGACCACUCUGGACUAUGAAAAGGCCCGGACUCACUUUGUCACAGUGGUUGCCAAGGAUGGCGGAGGGAGACUUCGGGGGGCUAACGUCGUGUUUUCAGCCACUACCACCAUCACAGUCAGGGUGGAAGACGUCCAGGACACCGCCCCUGUCUUCGUGGGCAUGCCGUACUAUGGCUAUGUCUAUGAGGACAGCCUUCCGGGCUCAGAGGUGCUGACCGUGAUGGCCAUGGAUGGAGAUGGGGGCAAACCCAACCACAUUCUCUAUAGCCUUGUAAAUGGGAGCGAUGGAGCCUUUGAAAUUAAUGAGACGUCUGGAGCCAUUUCUGUCACACAGAACCCUGCCCAGCUCCGGAGAGAGGUGUAUGAGCUGCAUAUACAGGUGACUGAGGUCAGCUCUGCAGGCCUCCCAGCUGCCCAUUCCAUGGCCCCAGUCACCAUCAGGAUCGUGGACCUCAACAACCACCCCCCAACAUUCUACGGAGAGACUGGACCCCAGAACAGGUUUGAGCUGUCCAUGUUUGAGCACCCGCCCCAGGGAGAGAUCUUGCGGGGCCUCAAGAUCACUGUUAAUGACUCUGACCAGGGAGCCAAUGCCAAAUUUAAUUUGCGAUUGGUGGGACCUGGGGGCAUCUUCCGAGUGGUACCCCAGACAGUGCUGAAUGAAGCCCAAGUCACCAUCAUCGUGGAGAAUUCAGCCGCUAUUGACUUUGAAAAAUCCACAGUGCUAACCUUCAAGCUCCUGGCCAUCGAAGUAAACACCCCUGAGAAGUUCAGCUCCACUGCAGAUGUGGUGAUCCAGCUCCGAGAUACCAACGACAAUGUCCCCACAUUCACCUCUCACUACUACAUUGCCAGGAUCCCCGAGAAUGCUCCAGGGAACUCGAACGUGGUGGCUGUUACAGCUGUGGAUCCAGACACAGGCCCCUGGGGCAAAGUCAAAUAUUCCAUCUAUGGAACUGGGUCUGAACUGUUCCUGAUCCAUCCCUCCUCUGGGAUCAUCUACACCCAGCCCUGGGCCAGCCUGGACGCCGAGACCACGGCCAGGUACAACUUCUAUGUGAAGGCCGAGGAUCUGGAGGGUAGAUACAGCCUGGCUGAGGUGUUCAUCGCUUUGCUGGAUGUUAACGAUCAUCAUCCCCAGUUCACACAGAACAUCCAGGAGAAGACCAUGGUGCUGGGGACCCCGUUGAAAAUUGAGGCCACAGACCACGAUGCUGAGGAGCCCAACAAUUUGGUGGACUAUUCCAUCACGCACGCAGAACCAGCCAACGUGUUUGAUAUCGAUGCGCACACGGGCGAGAUCCGACUGAAGAACUUCAUCCGCUCCCUGGAUGUCCUGCACAACAUCACAGCUAGUGGCGAUGGCACGUGGUCUCUGGAAGUCCAGGCCAAGGACCGCGGCUCUCCCUCCUUCAGCACCACAGCCUUGCUCAGGAUUGACAUCAUAGACACUGAGACGCUGUCCCGGGGCCCCAUGGCGGCCUUCCUGAUGCAGACCAAAGACAACCCCAUGAAGGCUGUGGGCGUGCUGGCUGGUGUCAUGGCCACCGUCGUGACCAUAACUGUGCUCGUCUCCACCGCCACCUUUUGGCGCAACAGAAAGUCCAACAAGGUCCUGCCCGUGCGGCGUGUGCUCCGCCAGCGGCCCAGCCCUGCACCCCGCACUGUUCGCAUCGAAUGGCUCAAGUUCAGGAGAGCGAAAGCUGCAGCCAAGUUUAUACUCAAAGAGGAUGCUCCCAAUGAGAACUGUAACAAUAGGCUGGGAGGCUCACUGCUCCCCAAAGCUCCAGUCCCCCCACCUCUACCCAGAAUAGUGCCCACCAUGGGCACUGCCUCCUCGACUGUGCCUACGGUUUCUGGUUCAUUGGCCCCCCAGAAGACCCAAUGGUCGGCAAAGCCAAAGGCCUUGGGAAGCCCCAUCCAUUCAUCUUUGGUUUCAGAGCUCAAGCAAAAGUUUGAAAAAAAGAGUAUAGAGAAGAAGGCUUACUUCUAG